AUGAUCGAGCCACAGCUAGAUCAAAUGAGUAGCUAGCAGAACUCUUAAAACUCCUAUGCCAUUCACAAGGAAAUGCAGCAAAUGGAAACUGUAUAUAAAAAACUCAAUCACAUGAACAUUAUGCGAUUUGGUAAAGCUGUUACUAGACAGUCACAGUUAAGAAAUCGUAUCAUAUACCGAGGGGAACUUCAGAUAAAUAUUAGCAAUCUGUUUAUAAAUGGAGGAUUUGAAGUAUAACUGUACUCAGCUGAAAUUCACUCUUAAGAGCAUAUUUAAUAAGUAUUACUGGAAAUCAACAAUAGAGACCUAUAAAAUAUGGGCAAGUACUAAAUAAACAUAAAAAAUGAAGAUGAUUCAGUACUUAAUAAGGGCUAAUAGUAACCUAUUAAGUUAGUACCAUACUCAGCAAUUAUUAAAACUGAUGGCUACAGUUAAGAGAUCCCUACACAGGAUGAGCAAAAUUUACCCGCUUCUAAAACUAAUCUCUUGAUUAAAGCCUCCUUAAAAAUGCUUAAAAUCUUAAAGUUUCUUGAACUGAACAACAUCUUUGUAGCUGCUAUGAUAUAAAUCAACAAGCAUUAAGAGAAUCAAUUCGAAAGUCUAUUGUCUUUCCUACUGGAGAGAAGCAAGGACUUCUUGAGUAAAACUUACUCAAAGACAAAGGUAUAGUAAGUUGAUCCGUUCAUACUAGACUAUAUCAACAUAUCAAAUGUCAAGACCCCCUUAACUAAAAAUUUUGUUAUUUCCUCAAGGUAGUCAAACUCCACAUAAUUAGACACCAGCCAGGGUAAUAUUAAUAUGCCCUCUACAGCUAAAAAUAUGUUCAGAGGGAAAAAACUUUAAAACUCGCUAAGGAUGGGAGAAGGAAUAAAUGAUUACGACUAUUCUAAUUUGUUCAGAACGAAUGGUGGCAAUAGAUCCCCUUUAAAUUUAAGCUUAUAAACACCAACUUCUUUUCAGUCAAGGUUUGAUGAUAAACUGAAGUUGCAAUUGCCUUAAGAGUAUGAAUAAGACUCAAAUAUCAAUUAAAGUACUAAGCAAGCCUAGAGAAUAUUCACUCAACUUAACUAGAGUAGAAGAGCCCAAAGCUAAAUCACUCAAUCAAGAUAAACUGCUACUGCUGAUUAGGCGAAACAAUCUCCAAAGCAAUCAAAUCUUACUUUGAGCUACUAUCUAUCAGAAAAAGAAUUUUACGAAGCAAUCAUGUGCUUUAACAAAUCACUCAAAAGUUUGUCUAAGGCACACCUCAUUGAACUUAAGAAUGCUAGAGCUAUGGAUAAACAAAUACUUUUUCUCCUUGGCUAGGUGCUAAAAAUUAAGGGAGAUACAGUCGUUCCAUAACAAGAAAUAUCAAACAUAAUAAUGAAGGAAGAUCUGAAGCGUGUGCUGCUGAAGAUAGACCCUUACAGAAUAAAUGUAUUCGUAGCCUAAGAUGUAAUGAGACUCAUUGAUAUUCAGAAUCAAAUUGAAUUAAAAAGUGAAGAACAAGAAUAGAUGGCUGUUUCUUAUUAUCUUAAGAAGUACUUGAUUAGUGCCUGCUAAAUGUCAAUUGGUAGACAACUAUUCAAGUAUAAUGAAGGUUACUAUUAGAAAUACUAAGAUGCAAAAACCUUGUACCUACUAAAUCAUCCUAAAGAUAAAAACAUUGACUCUUAAUAGCUUAUGGAUCUAUCUCCAGAUUUUUAAGUCAAUGACCCACCAAAAGUCACUGUUUCUUAUAGAUCAUCAGUAUCUCCAAAACAUAAUACAAGCCAAAAUCAAGGUAGUCAAGUGAAUUAGUCUUAAACUGGAAUUUAAGGGUUUUCUUUAAUGAAAAGAAGGAUAGAGUCUUAACUUCCAAAUUACGAACAAGCCAAGAAAAAGUAUUUAAAGCAGGGGGAAUUCCUAAAGCCAAAGCAUUUAAUAUUAACAGAUUUUCGAGUUCUUAGGCCUUCUUACAAAAUUCCACCCAGUAUACCCAUUUUUAACUUGCAUGAGACUUUGCCUAAAAAUAUUCUAAGACAGCAUUUUGAUGAGGUCGAGAUUCCAGAUAUUGAUCUUUACAAUUUUUAGGAUGCCACACUUUCGAAAUCUCAGUUUACUAAAGCAUAAAUCAAUGAAGAGCUUGAAAAACUACCAGAAAAGUCAGAUGAUGUGCUAGAUUAUAUAGCGAAUACUGAUCCUCAUCAUUACCCUACUUAGGUAUUGAUGCAGUUGGCUAAGCAAAUGAGAGAGCGCAGACAAAACAUUUAUGAGAAUAACCAGAAAAAGCAUAUUAUUUCAAAACGAAGCACACUCAAGAAAUCAUUCUAACUAUAAUGA